ACCCUCCCCAACCAGAAGGCGGUUUCUUUCUCUCCAUCGCAACCUAGGAGACUUCUGUUUUCUCCCGUCCCUCGCUGCUGCUGCAUAAUCGCGGAAGAGAAUCACAACCGCGAGAAUUGAAGUUUUAUAACAGGCUUCAUGUCUCAACGAACUUAGCCCAAUCAAUUGAGAUUUUCAAGUAUUGGAAGGUUUCUCUUGAUCAUAUUCUAAUAAAUUUGGUAUUUCCGGAUUGUGCAUGCACCAAUUCUACCCAGGUCAUUUGCAUAGGACAGAAGCUACAUGAAAGAUGCUGCAUGAAAAUGGCAGUCUCAACCUCCUGCUUAUGAAGCCAUUGGUACUGAAGGUUUAUAGCUGACUUGUUUUUCAUGAUGAUUACAAAAUAACUGGUGUCAGAGGGAAGACAAACUAAGUAAUAUAGGUGAAACCAUCAUGCGCUUUUGAGUUUGAGGUGUUUGAUAAGAAAUCCCGCUCGUAUGUUGUCAACUUGAAGGAACGUAUGUGCACUUGUCGGGAAUUUGAGCUUGAUGGAUUUUUGUGUGUACAUUCCGUUGCUGCCAUUCGCUCUCGACCAGGUCUUUCUUGCUACGAUUAUAUAUCAGAAUUCUAUACAGCACAUCAUUGGGCACAAACAUACUGUGGCAUUAUUCAUCCUAUUGGGAGUCCAGAUGGUUGGAUGGUACCCUCGCAUGUGAGUCAAAUCAUUUGCAAGCCCCCAUCAUGCGAAUCACGACCUCCUGGAAGGCCAAAGAAGAGAAGGAUUCCGUCUACUGGAGAACAUGUUCGGAAACAAACAUGCACUCGUUGUCACAUGGCUGGACACAACCGAAAGACCUGUAGAAAUCCGAUUCCGCUACACAUGCGUUAAAAACUGCUUUUAAUUUGCUGUUUUUUUAAUAUUUCUACGAAUUUAGUGACAUUCACCACUUUGGUUUUGUUUUCUUUUUGAACAUUCUUGUUAUUUAUUUCUGGAUAUUAAUUCCAUAUGACUUGGUUCCCUCCUUGUGUGAGUGAUCGUGCUUUACUAGUUAUUUAAUGUCCAUGUUAAUAUUUUAAUUCCCU